CCCUUAACAGACACAUGGAAUUUGUGUAUAACUGAGUUGACCUGCGCGUAUGCCAUUGUUAUGAGAACAAUUUUUAGACUUCUUCACGCUUCAGUUCAAAUCCCUUUGCCAAUGGACCGCCCUCGUUUAUAUUCGGUCGUGCGCGCGUCACAACCCAGAGACGCGCGUGCUCGCGCUUUCCGCGUCUGAAAUCCGUGCGCUUGACAGCCAGCGGUGGAAGAACAUCAACAGCCACCUCAAAGACCGGAAAAUUAAUUCAUCAUCCAUACGUGAAUCUGACGAUCUUCAAUAGUUUUUCCUUUAUAUGUAAAUAUCAAAGGUAUUAGUUUUAUUCGGGAUCUUGCGAACUUCGAUUUCGACCAUGAAUCCGUUGUGUGGCAGAUGUAACAAAGUCGUGUACCCCACGGAAAAAGUGAAUUGCCUGGACAAGUACUGGCAUAAAGGAUGCUUCAGUUGCGAGGUCUGCAAAAUGACUCUCAACAUGAAGAACUACAAAGGCUUCGAAAAGAAACCCUACUGUAAUGCACACUAUCCCAAGACGUCGUUCACCAGUGUCGCUGACACUCCUGAGAACCUUCGUUUGAAACAACAGAGCAAAAUGCAGAGUCAGGUGCAGUACAAAGAGGAGUUUGAGAAGAGCAAAGGGAAGGGGUUCAGUGUUGUGACUGACACACCAGAGAUGCAGAGACUCAAGAAAACACAGGACCAGAUCAGCAACAUCAAGUAUCAUGAAGACUUUGAGAAGAGCCGAGGAGGUGGAGGAGGAGGAGGAGGAGGAGAGGCACCACCGCACCAACUCCCACCUCAGCAAAACACUACCUCAGCACACCAACCUCCUGCAGCCACUCAGAACUACCACUACGAGCCUGAGCCUGAGCCUGCGCCAAUGCCAGUGCGCCAGGCUGCUGCCGCUCCUCCACCCAGUGCCGGGAAGCGGUACCGGGCUGUGUACGACUACGCGGCGUCUGACACUGACGAAGUGUCCUUCCAGGACGGUGACGUGAUCAUGGACGUGCAGCAGAUCGACGAGGGCUGGAUGUACGGCCGAGUGGAGCGCACCGGUGCGGUCGGCAUGCUGCCCGCUAACUACGUGGAGGCCAUCUGAGGGAGAGAGGGAUGGAGAGAGAGAUUGAGAGAGAGAGAGAGAGAGAGUGAAGGGGGAUAGAGAGGGAAAAAAGAGACCGGAAGGGAGGGACAGGAAGGGAGGGCAUGUGUGUGUGUGUGUGUGUGUGUGUGUGUGUGUGUGUGUUCUGACCACACCACUCUACUGCCCAGUGCCAUGUCAUGUUAAAAGCGCUUUUGUUUUGUUUCAGGUUUUUUUUUCUCCAUAUCAUACAAACGUAGGUCUUGUGUUUGUCGAAAAAAAACACAAACAGACUCGUCUCUGUACAGUGGAACUCUCAUCAGAAUCUGCAUACAAUCACAAAACUGGACCUUAGCAACCCCCCCGCCCCCCUUCUCCCUGUGUGUCUUUGAUCUCUGUCAGCACACCGUUUGGUGUGUCAGUCCCCUUUCUUGUCUGUCCGUCCGUACGUCUUUGUCUUAAUUACUGUCUGUCUGUUUGUUGGUGUCUGCCUCUCCUUCUGCCUGACUGCAUCUGUCUCAGCCAGAGGAGGUGCUAUCACAAGUGGCACUUAAGUCUUAAUGACACACCUACACUUAUGGAUACCUAUGUGUACAUAAACACACAUAUGUAUGCACUCAGUACAUAUCUUAACUGAUGCAUACAGACAUAAAGGCUUUAGUCAGUAAGUCAGGGGUCAUCAUAUCAGCACUUCUUAAACAAAAAAGACCCCCACCCCAUCUCUGAUUAAUUGCUUCAGUUGUCAUGACAGCAAGCGCAAGCAUAUACUCCUUUUAAUUUUUGUUUUCUAAUCUUGUUUUCCUCAACUCAUAAUUUAGCUGUAUAUUUUGUCAGUCAGGCAUAGUGUAAAAUCUCAAUGGUAGUUGUCGAAUGAAGCUUGAAUUUUAGACUUGUGAUCAUUCCCUUUUUGUCUUAAUGGACAAAGCUCUGAGAUUUGUCCACAGGCAUCAGAUAUGACUGUGGGUGAGAUUUUUGGGCUUUGGAACAAGGAGGGGACGCAGCAGUGGAUCAGCUUUUAAGCAUAAUAUCUGAUGCCUGUAUAUAUGCCAUAGUUGUGUUUUUACAUCAACAUCUCCAGUACCAGCAUGACCUCAUGGAUUAUGGGUAUUGUAGUCAAACUGGAAUCAUAUGUUAAAGAUCUCCCACUCUAACCCUUGUGGGGUUACUACGGGUUUGAUAUGAGGAGUGCAGUGACCAUUCUGCGGUGACAACACUCCUUCAGGCAGUUACACACUGAACUGUCACGGUUUGUUCAGCGUGCUUGUCAAGGAUGCAGCCUCUGUGAUGACAGGACGGGGAACCGCAUAAAUUGAAAUUAAUUUACAAAAACCUAUUGAUCCGUGUCACAACUGCACUCUGUCGUCCAUACACUGGUCAAACGAUAUGGAGGCAUUCGCUGUAAAAGCACCUUUACAAAGUUUUGUUCCUUGUCCUGUCAUUACUGACAGUACUGCAUGUGUUUAUGCCAGACUGCAUGGCUCUCGAUAAAGGAAUGGCUUGCUCUGGGGGCUGCAGAUACAUCUCCUAACCUGAUAUUGCAGAGUGGAGUGGAGUGGAGUAGGUUAGUAUAGGGUAGUGUCUUUAACCAGCCUCGGAUGAGACGGGCUGGCGAAGACAAGCCAGGACAAAAUAAGGUCAAGCACAAUGUUCAGUCAUUCCUUUGAAUUCUCAUAAUUGUUUUUGUCUGUCUCAUUUCUGUUAUGGGACAUGUUGUGUAAUGUAAAACUAUCAGUGAUCAAACACUCUUCUUUAUCACAUCAGUUAUCGUUGUGACUUUUCUUUUAUCAUGUUGUUUCCAUUGCUCCCCCCCCCCCUUGCUGUUGUAAGAGACAGUUUAAAUGCCAAUUUAUGAAUAUCAUUGAAAUAAAAAGAAAAACUUUUAUUUGUAUACCAAGAGGGGCCAGUGUCUCUAAACAAACUCUAACCAAAAUGUGUUCUACUUGUGUCAGUCCAGGACUCAUUCUAGAACAGACCUCCCGUGCACUUGUAAGAAAAAACAGCCCAAUGGUUUGCAUGUCAUACUCACUGGGUGAUCUGACAACUUGGUGGAGACACUCAAAAUCUUCCCUCACCACAUCUCCUUCCUCUCUUUUUCUGUGUGACAUUUACAUAUUGAUGAAGACAAAAAUGCAGAGAAUUAUUCAUAUUUUAAUACCUGGCGUCAUUGUAAUGUGAGAGACCGCAACAGAAGAAAAACAAAUCGAGUGUAUCUGUGUGCAUGCACAUGAGUUUGUGUGUGUUGUGUAUGUGUGUGUGUGAGAGAGAGAAUGUGUGUGUGUGUGUAUGUGUGCCGUUACAAGACCUGUAUAUUAUAGUGAGGAUGGGAUGGUCCAGUGUUGAUUAAAGCGUUGAGUUUGUAGGGAAAAAUCUCCAGACUCAGAAGGGAAAAGCAGUUAGUGUUAAUUGCUGAUAUAAAUCCAUACAUAAGCAUUCACAUAACCCCACUGACCUGUAUGUUGUGCUAUAAUUGCAGCAAACUAUAUGGAGGGGCUAGCACAAUGCAAGAUUCUUGUCGUUGUAAAAAUUUGUAGUGUUACCUCUCACUGUGUGUAAUGGCCACGUAGAGUGCCCCGAGUACUGCUACAUUUUUCAUAUGGAAUAUACUGUACGCCACUUAUAUCUGAUGCCUCAACUAGAAUAUUAAGUCCAACAUUGACACCUUUGAGCACACGUCCAGAUGGAUAUGGGGGAAGUCUUGUGCUAAUCCCUACACAAAGUCUGUUGCAAUUAUAUGUGUGUGACAUUUUCAUAAGGGCCUUGAGUGAUGUCUGCUGAUAGGUAUGUGUGAGAGAAUGUAUGUAAACCCAUGGCCUCUUUUUUGACACACCACAUCAUCAUCGUGAAAUGUCAGUCCAGAAAUAAAAACUUAAACGAUCACAACACAACAAGCUGGUCCUGUCUUAGUCCCCUAACCCAAAUUAUUAAAAUCGCAAUUGCAUCCGCCUUACCUACAUCUCCCUCUCAUAACAAACAUUGAAAAAUAUCAAUUGCAUUCAUUUUAUGCCCACACUUCUGUUCUGAAAUUUGUCACUUGCGAUAUUUUCAGUGUAGUGAGAACAGGACAAUAGUGUGUACAGUAUCGGCCAAGAGAAGUGUUCUGCUGUGAGGACGUCUGUUCAUCCAGUCCAGUUAUGCACGUGGAAUUGUACCGAUUCUGCAGUCAAUAAAAAACGAUAUUUUUUA